AUGACAGAGAAAUCAUUUGUUAGCAGUCCUAUUGUUCGGGACUCGGUAUUAUUGGUGCCAAAAUCACUGAUAUCUAGGCCAUACGUGUUACCGUUUUUCCCGUUGUACGCUACCUUUGCUCAAUUAUAUUUCCAGCAAUAUGAUCGUUACAUCAAGGGACCUGAAUGGACUUUCGUUUAUUUGGGGACAUUAGUCUCAUUGAAUAUUCUGGUUAGGUUGAUGCCUGCUUGGAAUGUCAGAGUUAAGGCAAAAUUCGACUAUAGUACUACCAAAAAUGUCAAUGAAGCCACCCAUAUCCUUAUCUACACCACCGCAAACAAUGGUUCUGAUGAUAUUGUAGAGAUUCAAAGGGUUACUGAAGCAGGGUCUCUACAAACUUUCUUCCAAUUCCAGAAGAAGAGAUUCUUGUGGCAGGAAAGCGAGCAAGUCUUUUCCUCACCAAAGUUUCUCGUUGAUGAGUCCCCAAAGAUUGGUGAUUUUCAAAAAUGUAAAGGUCAUUCUGGUGACUUGACCCACUUGAAAAGGUUAUACGGUAAAAACAGUUUUGAUAUUCCUAUCCCAACAUUUAUGGAGUUGUUUAAAGAACAUGCUGUGGCGCCAUUGUUUGUUUUUCAAGUAUUUUGCGUUGCGUUAUGGCUAUUGGAUGAGUUCUGGUACUAUUCUUUGUUCAACUUGUUUAUGAUCAUCUCCAUGGAAGCAGCUGCUGUUUUCCAAAGAUUGACCGCACUGAAGGAGUUUAGAACUAUGGGCAUCAAGCCUUAUACCAUCAACGUGUUCAGAAACAAAAAGUGGGUUGCUUUAGAAACUAAUGAAUUGCUACCUAUGGACCUAGUCUCUGUAACGAGAACUGCCGAAGAUAGUGCUAUGCCUUGUGAUUUGAUCUUGCUUGAUGGUUCCUGCAUUGUUAAUGAAGCAAUGCUUUCAGGUGAAUCUACGCCGUUGUUGAAAGAGUCUAUCAAUUUACGUCCUAGUGAAGACCCCCUACAAUUGGAUGGUGUUGACAAGAUUGCCGUAUUGCACGGUGGUACAAAGGCCUUACAAGUUACUCCUCCUGGACACAAAUCGGAUGUUCCACCACCACCUGAUGGAGGUGCGUUAGCCAUUGUCACUAAGACUGGAUUUGAAACAUCUCAAGGGUCUUUAGUACGUGUGAUGAUUUACUCUGCUGAACGUGUUUCUGUUGAUAAUAAGGAAGCAAUAAUGUUCAUUCUCUUUUUGUUAAUCUUCGCUGUCGUCGCGUCUUGGUAUGUCUGGAUUGAAGGUACUAAAAUGGGUAGAAUUCAAUCCAAAUUGAUCUUGGACUGUAUUUUGAUUAUUACGUCCGUUGUUCCCCCUGAAUUACCAAUGGAAUUGACCAUGGCCGUGAAUAGUUCGCUGGCUGCCCUCGCCAAGUUUUAUGUCUACUGUACUGAACCAUUUAGAAUUCCAUUUGCUGGUAGAAUUGAUGUUUGUUGUUUCGAUAAGACUGGUACCUUAACCGGUGAAGAUCUUGUUUUCGAAGGUCUAGCUGGUAUCUCUGAAGACUCCGAAAAUAUUCGUCAACUAUAUAGCGCAACUGAAGUGCCAGAAAGUACAAUUCUUGUUAUCGGUGCUGCUCAUGCUUUAGUCAAAUUAGAUGAUGGUGAUGUUGUCGGUGACCCAAUGGAAAAGGCUACCUUAAAGGCCGCGGGUUGGGCUGUUGAAAAGAAAAAUAGCAACUAUAGGGAAGGCACCGGUAAAUUGGAUAUCAACCGUAGAUUUCAAUUUUCUUCCGCUCUAAAAAGAUCUGCUUCUAUUGCCUCUCACAAUGAUACCUUUUUUGCUGCUGUCAAAGGUGCACCUGAAACUAUUCGUGAAAGACUUUCUACCAUACCUAAAAAUUAUGAUGAAAUCUACAAGUCCUUUACACGUUCCGGUUCAAGAGUCCUUGCUUUGGCUUCUAAGCAGUUGCCAAAGCUGUCCCAAUCUAAAAUUGAUGACUUAAACCGUGAUGAAGUUGAAUCCGAUUUGACCUUCAGUGGAUUUUUGAUUUUCCAUUGUCCUUUGAAAGAUGAUGCUAUUGAGACUAUCAGAAUGUUGAAUGAAUCUUCUCAUCGUUCUGUUAUGAUUACUGGUGACAACCCAUUGACUGCUGUUCAUGUAGCUAAGGAAGUUGAAAUUGUUUUCGGUGAGACUUUAAUUUUGGACAGAGCUGGCAAAUCUGAUGAUGGUCAAUUAUUGUUCCGUGAUGUUGAAGAGACAAUUUCGAUCCCAUUUGAUCCAUCAAAAGAUAGUUUCGAUCACUCUCAAUUAUUUGAUAGAUAUGAUAUUGCUGUUACUGGUUAUGCUUUGAAUGCCUUAGAGGGACAUUCUCAAUUGAGGGAUCUGUUACGUCACACCUGGGUGUAUGCACGUGUAUCACCAUCCCAAAAGGAAUUCUUGUUGAACGAACUAAAGGAUAUGGGGUAUCAAACUCUAAUGUGCGGUGAUGGUACUAAUGAUGUUGGUGCCUUGAAACAAGCUCAUAUUGGUAUUGCACUGUUAAACGGUACUGAAGAAGGUUUGAAAAAAUUGGGUGAACAACGUAGAUUUGAAAAUAUGAAAAUGAUGUAUGUGAAGCAAACCGAAUUCAUGGCUAGAUGGAACCAACCACAACCACCUGUUCCUGAGCCAAUUGCACAUUUAUUCCCACCUGGUCCAAAAAAUCCUCAUUACCUAAAAAUGUUAGAAAGUAAAGGUACUAUCAUCACUCCAGAAAUAAGAAAAGCAGUUGAAGAAGCAAACUCUAAACCUGUUGAAGUCAUUAAACCAAACGGACUAUCGAAAAAGAACCCUGCCGAUUUAGCAUCUAUGUUGUUAAACUCUGCUGGUGAUGCCCAAGGUGAUGAAGCCCCAGCUCUUAAGUUAGGAGAUGCAUCCUGUGCUGCUCCAUUUACUUCAAAACUUGCUAAUGUUUCUGCCGUUACUAACAUUAUACGUCAAGGUCGUUGUGCUUUGGUCAAUACAAUUCAAAUGUACAAAAUUUUAGCUUUGAAUUGUUUAAUUAGUGCCUAUUCUCUGUCUAUCAUAUACAUGGCCGGUGUCAAGUUUGGUGAUGGUCAAGCUACAGUUUCUGGUUUGUUAUUAUCGGUUUGUUUCUUGAGCAUUUCCCGUGGUAAACCUUUAGAAAAAUUAUCAAAGCAAAGGCCACAAGCUGGCAUUUUCAAUAUUUACAUUAUGGGAUCUAUUUUAUCUCAAUUUGCUGUUCAUAUUGCCACUUUGAUCUACAUUACAACAGAAAUCUAUAAAUUGGAACCCAGAGAACCACAAGUUGAUCUUGAAAAGGAAUUUGCCCCAUCGCUACUAAAUACAGGCAUUUUCAUCAUUCAAUUGGUGCAACAAGUUUCAACAUUUGCUGUUAACUAUCAAGGAGAGCCAUUCAGAGAGAAUAUUAGAAGCAACAAGGGUAUGUAUUAUGGUUUAUUGGGUGUGACAGGUUUGGCUCUUGCUAGUGCUACUGAAUUUUUCCCUGAACUGAAUGAAGCCAUGAAGUUUGUGCCAAUGAGCGAUGACUUUAAAGUCAAAUUGACGGUAACAUUGCUACUUGAUUUCUUUGGUAGUUGGGGCGUUGAGCAUGUUUUCAAGUUCUUCUUCAUGGAUGACAAACCAUCUGACAUUUCUAUUCAAAAGGUCAAGAUCGCCUCUAAAUGA